AUUUUUUCUGAGAGCAACGAUGCUGCGGUAUUUCAAGGACGCUCUUCAUAUAAGCGAUUCAGAUGCUGAAUCAAUGGACGACAACAGAAAGUCUUCGACUCCUAAAUCUGGAAAGUCACCAAACCCUCGAUUGAGACGAAAAAGGUGCUUGAGCUGGCCAAGUCGAAGAAGGACCAGUAGGAGAAAACCGAAAAAACGGCGUUUACGUGGAAGCAUCGUACCAAUCGCUGAAAGGUGGACAUUGAAGAUGUUGGUUGAACUUGAGGCAUUACACGAGAAAUCCAUGAAUCAGAUUUUUGCGCCAAUCCCUACGAUGUGUGCAUUAUAUGCUGUACGGAUUGCCAUGCCAAGGAAGAAAAAAAGUGGACGCAAGAGCAGACAAGAAGAUGAUGAACUUAAUUCGCAGAGAAUGCACGGGUUACGCGACAUAAUAGCAUCCCAGCCUAAGCACCCUCCUUCGACGAUGUUUUCAUUUGUGAAAAUUAUUGUAGACGACGAAAAGAAAACAGUAGUGUCAUCCAGACUUAUGGAUAAGCUGAAAGAUUUGACACAAAGCGAGGUUGUGUUAAGCUGCCCCCCACGAAAAGUGGAACAAUUUUUGGGUUCCAUCAGCGCUGGUGCAAUCAAUGGCCCACGUUUCUCGCAUGGAUUCUCGACAAUUUACGCUGCAGCAGGUCUUCAAGCUCGCUGGUGUGGAGAAGCUAAACCUGCAACAUCGUCGGCGUUUGCAUCCACGUAUUCCACACGACAAAAUCAUCCUUAUUUCUACUUAGAAACUGAAGCAAAAGUGAUUCACAUGCAUCAAUGUGAGAUAUUGGAAGUCCCGGUGAAAGCAGAAAAAACCACAUUUGGUGUAAUUCUUAUCCGACCCAUUUUUAUUGGAGAAUUACAUAAUCUUAGACGAGAUAUGGAGGGAGAAGAUUUGCACGAUAUUCUUCAAGGCUUGGCUGAGACAAAGAGCAAACCGUAUAAAGUCGUUCUGCCAGUGUUCUCAAUAAAAUGCGAAGAGGAUAUGUUAAAAAGCUGGACAAAAAACGCCACCGAAAACUCCAAGGAAAUUCAAGCCAUUCCACCUAUUGAAGCGAUUUGGAGCGCGGCUAAAUUUUCGAUGAAUGCUGAUGGUAUCGGAGUCAAAGAUCUCGGAUUGAAAAAAAACUCAACACUGCCCAUAUCAUUUCGAUCUCAUCAUAAAAGUGACUAUGUAUUGCAAGCACACGCACAAAUCCAUGCUUCGAUCGACUCGUCAUUUAUAUUUCUCGUAACUGAAGGAAAGAUUCCGUUGCUUGCUGGAUGCUACAUGGGAAAUCCGCCUCCACCAAAAGAAGCUUUCUGCAUACCUUGUCCAGAAGAUAUAAUAGAAAAGCCACCUCCGAAGAUAAUCAAAAGACCGAAACCAAAAUUAACGAAAAAGCAGAAGAAAGCCCAGAAAGCAAGGCGCGUCGAACUUCCAUACAUAGUUACAAUCGUCAACUCAAUCUUACAAUAUCUCAACCCCCUUUAA